AUGGGAGGAGAAAAUUUUCAAGCGGGAAACCGUGGUCCACCUAACCAAGGCAACUUCCACAACUAUCGACCACAACAUCCUCCCAGUUUUCAGCAACAUCGGAAUGCGGAUGAAGGGAGCGAAAUUGACAAGCUUAUUGAGGAAGUUAGAGCCGGUGGUCUACCAUCUACAACGGAAUCAAAUCCGAGGGAGCAAGUAAAAGCCAUUGAACUUCGAAGCGGGAAAGAACUUGAUGAUCCACAUGUAAGUAAAGAGAGUGCAAUUGAUCUUACAACGAGCACGAAAGAGGAGGAAGUAACCGAACUUCCAUGUGUCAAGCCGCCACCUCCUCCUCCAUUCGUACCAAAAGUCCCUUUUCCGGGACGAUUAAAGAAGACGUCGGACAACCAAAAAUUCCAUAAAUUUUCGGAAAUCUUCAAGAAACUCCAAAUCAACAUAAGCUUUGCGGAUGCCUUGCGUGAGAUGCCUCAAUACGCAAAAUUUCUCAAAGAGGUCAUAACGAAGAAAAGGAGUUGGGACGAUAAAGGCACAAUUUCUCUAACGGAGAAUUGUAGUUCACUCAUCCUUAGUGACUUGCCCACCAAGCUUAAGGACCCAGGGACAAACAUUGAUUAUGCUUCAUUGGCGGACCAUUCACUAAAAAAUCCAUACGGAGUGGCGGAAGAUGUUUUAGUUAAAGUAGACAAGUUCAUCUUUCCGGUGGAUUUGGUCGUACUUAACUAUGCGGCGGAUAAAACAUGCCCUAUGAUUCUUGGGCGUCCCUUCAUGAACACGGGAAGGGCAUUGAUAGAUGUGCACGCCGGAAAACUCACUUUGCGUAUCGAUGACGACAAGUUCGAUAUGAAAAGGAUCAUGCGAAAUACUUUUGAAGAGGAAGAAUUCAUGAGAUUGGAUGUGAUUGAUGGAAUCGUGGAGGAAAUUUUCCCGGUUUCAAAAGUCACAUUCCAUUCCGAUGAGACAUAUGAGACCACCGGAGAAAAAUAUUCCAAGGAAGUUGAGCCGAAAGCCGAAAAUUUGAUUAGAAGAGAAAGCGUCACACCACCUUCUUUUAUUACUCCACCAAAAUUUGAGCUAAAAACGCUACCUUCUCACUUACAGUAUGCGUUUCUAGGCGACAACAUGACACUUCCCAUCAUCAUCUCGAACAACUUGUUAGAAACACAAGAAGCAAGAGUUGUCAAAGUGGUAAAGCAACAUAUAUUGGCGAUUGGUUGGAAAAUUUCAGACAUACGAGGAAUUAGUCCAUCGGUGGUAAUGCACAAGAUCCAUCUAGAAAGUGAGUCAAGAGCCUCGGCCCAAAGACAACGACGCUUGAAUCCAAACAUGAAAGAGGUGGUGCACAAAGAGAUAGUAAAGCUUCUCGAUGCCCGAAUUAUAUACCCCAUAUCCGAUAGUGCGUGGGUUAGUCCCAUUCAAUGUGUUCCAAAGAAAGGGGGGAUGACGGUGAUUGAAAACGAGAAGGGUGAGCAAAUUUCCACAAGGAUGACCAAUUUAGUUUUGAAUUGGGAGAAGUGUCAUUUCAUGGUAGAGGAAGGAAUUGUCUUGGGACAUAAAAUCUCCAAGGAUGGAAUUGAAGUAGAUAGAGCAAAAACGGAAAUCUUUGAGAAACUACCACCGCCAACUACCGUAAAGGGAGUUCGUGCUUUCCUAGGGCACGCCUGGUUUUAUCGACGAUUUAUCAAAAAAAAUUCUUCAAUUGCUCGUCCUUUAACUAAUUUGCUUGUUAAAGAUAUUCCUUAUGAAUUUACUAAUGGUUUCCUUGUUGCUUUUUCUAGGUUAAAAGAAGCACUUAUCUCGGCCCCAAUUAUUUCAUCACCCGAUUGGACUCUUCCUUUCGAACUUAUGUGUGAUGCAAGUGAUAUAGCACUCGGGUGCGUAUUGGGGCAACGGAAGGAAAAGAAGCUUCAUGUGAUACACUAUGCAUGCCAAACAUUGGCAGGUGCCCAACUCAAUUACACCACCACCGAAAAAGAGAUGCUAUCUAUGAUGUUCGCAUUGGACAAAUUUCCGUCGUACUUACUUUUCUCUAAGGUUAUCAUAUAUACGGACCAUGCGACCUUUCGAUACCUUUUUGCAAAUCAAGAUGCUAAACCGAGAUUAAUCCAAUGGGUGCUUCUCAUGCAAGAGUUCUACAUCGCGAUUCGUGACAAGAAAGGAACGGAGAACGUCGUCGCCGACCACUUAUCAAGGUUAGACAUUCCGGAACCAAUUUUAAGUAGCGUGGAGAUUAAUGAAACGUUUCUGGAUGAGAUGUUUAUGGUACUUUUGGAGGUAGAGAUGCCAUGGUAUGCGGAUAUCGUAAACUAUCUAUCUUCGGAAAUCAUGCCACCGGACUUGACUUACCACCAAAAGAAGAAAUUCUUGAGCGAUGCUAAACGGUUUCUAUGGGAGGAACCGUACCUCUUCUAG